UCGAAGCAUUCACAGCGAUUCACUCGUUGGAGAAGUUGUAAAUAUAUACAUAGCCUCUGUAUUUCUCUUGUGUUCCUAUCGUCAAAUUCAAGAUGAAGGCUGUAUUCCUCUUCGCUGCGCUCUGCGCUGUUGCCGUCUACCAAGUGUCUGCUGCCGCCGGUUCUUGCCACCUGCGAGAGCUGGACCUCUGCGCAGCCACCCUGCUGCUGUUCAACCAGAACCCAUCUGGCGUGGCCACCACUGACAACGAAGUUGACAAGCAGUGCGGUUUCCUCCGGGAAUCUCAGGAAUGCUUCAAGAACUACACGACUCGCUGUGCCACUCCCCUGCAGAGGGAACUUAUUGGCUUCGUCUCUGAGGGUUCCCAGGAAGUGUUCACCAAGUUCUGUACUCGUGACACCGACGUCAGGAGGAACUACCUCAAGCACGCUCCUUGUCUUGGUCAGACCAUGCCAGAGGCUAGGAAGUGCCUGAACGAUGUCCAGGUCGGUCUUGAGAAGGUCACCACCACUCCAUUUGCCCAGCGUGUCCCCACCGGAUGCUGCAUCUACCACAGAUACCAGGAGUGCAGUCGCCAGGCCGUCGAGAGCAGGUGCGGCCCUGAAGCCGUCGAGUUCGGUCAGAUCCUCCUCCGCAUGGCUGCCUCCAACCUCCCAGACGUCAUCUGCAACCAGUGCAGCCACGAUGAGAACCAGUGCAACCAGCUUCUCCCACCAAAGGGCACCAAGCCCAGCGGAAAGUCCAACUCCGUGCUCUCUCGUCUCUUCUCUGCCUACCUUGGCAACUAAGUCGGCUGCGACAUGCCACCCAGUCAUCUUGUCCAAACAACUACAGCCACUAAUGACAGACUGUACCUUGUGGACAUUGCGACGUAUCGCAUAGGUGGUGUUCCACGCGAACGCAAAGUCUGUUAGACAUACGUUGUUUCUUCUGUUAGAUUACCUAAGUCAAACACCUCUGCAUUCCUGUGCUCUCUUAUCUCCUCGCGGUUUCACUGCUUCAGUCAAUUGGAAAGAACCUCUACAAUUCAGAAAUUUACAGUUCUCCAGCAAGCUUGGGCUACUUUCGGCCCAUUAAUAUGUGAAUCAAAAAGACUUAAUAUCGAAAAGCGGUAAACCGCGUUCCUUGUUGGUUGUGUUUAUUGCAAAGCGAGAAUGUCUUAUUUCUUGAAAAGGGUAAUGUGAUCUCACAGUUAAAAACAACAGCAAUGUGCUGGAAAGUGAUCUAUACGUGAGACACUGCUUGACAGGGCGAGAAUGGAGAGCGUUUCUGUGUGUAUUGUUGUUUUAUCAGUGGACUGAACGUCCACGGCAUAUGUGCGUGUAUACUAAUGCCACCUCGCACAGAGUUUGGUGGAAAACAUUUGUAGAAUGUUUGUGAAUAAAGACCAAAUGUUAUUAUUGUUUACAAUA